AUGGGCGCAACGAUCUACGACUUCAAGCCAUUGGAUGCUUAUGGAGGGGUUUAUGAUUUCAGUCAAUUGAAGGGGAAGGUGGUGGUAAUUGUAAAUGUAGCCAGUCUCUGCGGAUUUACACUGCAGUACAAGGAUUUGGAGUAUUUGUACAAAAAGUACAAGGAAAGAGGAUUAGUUGUGCUUGGAUUCCCCUGUAAUCAAUUUGGGAAUCAGGAACCAUUCACAGGGCAGCAGAUUUUGCAGCUAUGCGAGAACAAGUUUGGAGUGACGUUUCCGAUCAUGGACAAGAUUGAAGUCAAUGGGGAUAGAGAGGAACCGCUUUAUGGGUAUUUAAAGAAUGAACGAAAGACUUCACUUGGGUUUAAAGGGAUUAAAUGGAAUUUCGAGAAAUUUUUGAUAAGCAGGAGUGGAAAGGUAGUUGAACGUUUCGAUCCUCUGGUAGUUCCACUAAACUUUGAGAAGAUGAUUGUAGAGUUACUAGAAGAAGGUCACAAAGCGAUGUAG